AUGGACUUCCUGUGUGACGGGUUGGAGAACCUGGCCGUCAGUGCCGCCUACGAAGAGCCGGACUCCAGCCACGUAAUGAUCAAGGCGGCUGCUCUGAUUGGGAUCACGAAGAUAGCAGCCAGCAAGGUAUCGACACAUCCCCCAAUGCCCUCACCCGCUCAAGCACGAACCAUCUAUCUUCUGAAGCUUGACGGUCCCCUCUCGACUCCGGCCAAGGUCCAGGCAGCUGCAAAGCUCCAGGCAAUCUCAGAGUCUCACGUCAGAAGCAGCGACGACGACGGCAACAAAUCUCUUUUCUGCAAGCUGGACGGCCGUGCCGAAUUGGCAAUUGAGAGUUGGCUAUCUGCUCGGAACGAGGAGUUCAGACCACUGUUCGUCACCUUGGGACGGGCAUAUGAGGAGCUCUCCUCGUCGUCGCUCUAUCCCACGCUCGGCAUCUACACCAUCCUCCUGCAGUUCCGGCCCCAGGAUGCGCAUUUGCUCGUCCAUGCGCCGACCUUUGGUUACGCACAAGAUCAGUUCCCGGUCUGGUAUUUUUACGGCAGACUGGCGAGUGCUCCCAAGCUCUGCAGCCUCCUCUCUCUGCCCGGAGAUGAAGUUCCGGUUUUGCACAAGCCCAGUGCCAUGGGAGGAAAGAUGGAGACGGGGGGCAAUGGCAAGUACAAUGCGCUCGUCUACGGGCCGGAGAUAGUAAGCCGGAUCAACGGAUGGGCAUAUCAAGUGGCGUCGGAGGAACACGAGGAUGCGCUCAGAAAGUACGAAACUGCGGCGUACGAGGUUUUCAAGUGUGAGAUGGAGAUGCAUAGCAAUCGGGUCCAAGGCUGCAUAUCCAGACGGGGGAAAUUCGGAAUCCGAAUAAGCAAUUUCAAGCAUCAGCGCGGAACUGCGGAUGGACCACUAGACCAUGCUUGUUUAGGGGUUUGGUGUGACCAUGGACCCGGACUUGGACCUUGUAUUUGCGAGGCGCAGCUGCAGCUGCAGAGCUGCAAUCGACCUGGAAAGUACGUGCGCAUCAAGCCACAAACCUGCCUGGAUGAAUUUCAGGAGUAUAAGGACACAUCCAUCCAUCACUCAUCACCCAUCACUAUCAACAUCAUCAUGCGUCUCUCAACCAUCCCCCUUAUUGCUAUCCUAGCCGCCUCUGCCCACGCACAAAUCGACCUUGACUCUCUGACUUCAGCAAUCGCAGGUGGUAUUGCAACAGCUACAUCUGAAAUCGGCGGCGCCUUGGACACCGCAACCUCAGUCCUCGACGGAGCUCUCAGCACCGCCAUUUCGGGAGCAUCGGGGGCUUUGUCGACAGCCACGGGAGCAGCAGGCAGCGCAUUCACAUCUGCCACAUCGAUCGCUGGAGGUGCCCUCUCGUCUGGCAGCAGCGCCCUCAAUGCCCGCCUUUCCUCAGCCGUGAGCGAGGCUUCUGUUGUCGUCUCCAGCAUCGAGUCCGUCGUGUCAACCGCCACCGGGGCCGAGAAGACCUCGUUGCUCAGCCAGGUCAGCAGCAUCAGCGCGGCCGUCAAGUCCCAGGCGAGUGAGGCUUCGGCUGGUCUCUCCAGCCUGGCGACCAGAACACCCGGAUCCCAAGCUACGCCGACCGGUGCAACUUCGACCUCGACUGGUGGAGCUAUGGUUACUUCUGCUCCUAUGUUUGCCGGUGCUGUUGCCAUUGGCGCCGCGGCCUUGUAUUUGAUUUAG